AUGUGCGUGACCGACGAUGGCGGCGGUUACACGGACGACCGACAACAACAUCAGCAACCAUUCCAACAACAGCACCGUCAGCACCAACACCACCACCAGCAGCAGCAACAACGACAACAACAUCGACUGCAAGCGGCGAAGGUGGACGAACGUGGUGGCCGGCAGCAUCAUUCGGAAAAGUUCGCCGUACAGACGGACAUGGCCGAAACCGGUGCGAGCGCCACCGAAGUCUUAGUCUUCACGGCCGCGGACGCGCUAAAAGAAGACAGCAACGGACCGCCGCCGCUGCUGUCCAACUUGUCCGUGUCGGCCGCCACGUACGCCACUGGUGCAGCUGAACACGCCGCGUCGCCACAAGUACGAGUGUCGUCCAUGCCCUUCGGGCAGCUAAAUUACGUGUCGGGCUCUAACGUUAUGACCGCCGACUCGUUGCAGCUUUCGGGAUCACAUGAUUUAAAACCUCUCUUGUGCUUGGAUAAUAGAUUUUUUAAGUGUGAUACACCCACUCAAGUUAAUGGUGAUACGUGGCAAACUGUAGUUCCAGCCGAAGAUGGCGCUUUCAAACCUGCCCAUAUUGUACUUGGACCAGAUAACUCGACUACUAAUAAUUUUCACAAAGAAGAGACUGAUCAAGGUGUAUCAUCCCCAAAUACAGCACCUUGUUAUUCAUAUACCGAAGCUGCCAAGUUGCCAGUAUUAUCAGUACGAUGCAAAACCACUAAUGCAGAGCUGCAUAAAAAAAAAUUUGGUUCUGGCGGUCGAGGCAAGUGUAUUAAAUUUGAAAACCAUUGGUACACACCUAGCGAGUUUGAAGCCCUUUGUGGGAGGGCUUCUAGUAAAGACUGGAAAAGAAGUAUACGAUUUGGUGGCCGUAGUUUGCAAAAAUUAAUAUACGAUGGAGUUUUAGUACCACAUGCUAUGAGUUGUACAUGUGCAGCCUGCUGUGAUGACGAAUCUGCUACUGGCCCCAUACGACUGUAUACUCCAUACAAACGAAUAAGUAUCAAAAACCAUUCGUCUAGUCAUUCAAAAAAGAAAAAAAUUGAAGAUGGUAUAACUCUUAGUAAUGAUGAAGAUAGUUGUGAAAGCAGGAUAGGUGUAUCAUUAGACAAUGUAGAUUUCGAUAUAAAUGAUGAUGAAUCCAUACUUCUACAGACUGGUGAUAUUUCUCAAGCUGAAAUUGUUCAAUCAAAUGAUUCAAUAGAAGAUAUGUUUAAAAAGUUAGAAAAUAUGUCAUCAAGAAUGAUUAAAAUGGCUCACCAUUUUCGUAACUCUAUGCGUGUUGCUAAGUACAAAUGGAGUACGGAAAAACAGGAGUUGUUAGCAAAACUUAAGAAGGCCAAUGAGAAUUCUAUAGAAAAUAGGAAUGAUUUUGACAUGGAGACAAUUUCAAGUGUGGCGGCAGCAUUACAGCCAAGUUAUCAUUAUACACCACAUGCUAAAAAGUGUGCCAAUUGCAAUAGAGAUGCAUAUGCAGAAUGUUCUUUGUGUCGACGUACGCCAUAUUGCUCUACGUUUUGUCAAACUAAAGACUGGAGCAAUCAUCAAGUGGAUUGCAUCAAGGGGAGCAUUAUGGUCAUUGUACAAACUCAAGAAUGA